AAUUUCCCGCCUGUGCUUUCUCAUCAUUAUUAUAACAAUUACUAUAAUUAUUAACUUGUUUUUGCAAGCAAUUUUCAAAAAUCAAAAAUGACAGAAGACAAUCGUUUAGAAAAUACGAGGGAGUUGGCAUUACGAUUGGCCUUAGAGGAAGAAAAUAAGAGAAAAACUGAUGCAGUCGAAACGCAUGAACGAUCAAUUAUUCUCGUUGGAAGUAAAGGAGUCGGAAAAACGACGAUGGUUUAUAGAUUUUUAGACAAGGAUGAAACCCCCAAACCAACGAUUGCUGUGGAUUAUUCUUUCGGUCGAAAAGCUGGAAAAAGUUUGGUAAAAGACGUAGUCCAUGUUUGGGAAGUUGGACACUUAUCUUCGUCGCUAAUUUCAGCAGCAAUGACAGGAUCAGCCUUAACUCAUUCCCCCCAUCAUGUGACGAUUAUGAUAAUGUUGGAUUUAUCCAAACCGGAAGCGAUCUGGUCCUCGCUGGAAGAAAGCCUCUCGGUGAUUCGAAGCGCAAUAAAAAUGAGCUACGAUGACAGAAUAAUGGAAGAGAUGAAAGAUAAGAGGACAAAAGAGAGGAGGAGAGAUACUGAGAAAGGGGUCGAUCCAUUCCCAAUGAAAUUGUGUAUUGUCGGCGGAAAAUAUGACGAAUUUAAGGAGUUUGAUCCUGUAAAAAAAGGACUUAUUGGUCGAGUUUUAAGAGCAGCUGCUCACGCUUUGGGCGCUGGACUUCAUUUUCAUUCGUCAAAAGAUUCUACCCUUGUCCGUAGAACCAAAGAUUUAUUGUCCUAUUAUGGAUUUGGCUCUCAAAGUUUGAAAGGAAGUUGUACAGACUAUGAGAAACCUCUGAUGAUUCUUGCUGGUUCAGAUUCAUUUAUGGACAUCGAACUGGAAAUGCCGGGUCGAAAUUUAAAUUUCGAGGGAAUUAAACAGAUUUUUACGAGUCGGUUUCCUCAGGGUUCAAAAGAGGAAAUUAAACUCGAGGAUCCGGCGAACCAUCCCAGCUUUAAUGAACCUAUUAUUGACAGGCUGAGAACCCAGAGAGAAGAGGAAAUCAGCAUUCUUUUAAACGAAUUAUUGGAAGGAAGAACAGAAAAAAUUCCAAUUUCAGAUCCUUUCUAGAAUCUAAAAAAAAUAGUAUAGAUUCCGUGCUAAAUUUUAGAAUUUGAUUUUUUUUUUAAUUUUUCACCUUAUAUAAAAUUCUAGAAAUGUAUAAACCCGAGAAAAGAUGAUACUACAAUUUUGAAAUA